CGUUUGAACCGAAUGUGGAGUCUGUUAGCAAUUGCGAAUUGACAAAACUGAAAUAUCCUGAAAGCUAUUACUUACAUAGAAAAGGCACUAAUAAGGACAAAAAAAAGGUAUCCAAAUGGAAUAUGAAUCCUGCUGAAAGAAGAAAUCCUUGUGUAUAA